AUGCACAUUGAAGAAUCAAGACCGCUCUUGCCGAAGAUUGCAAUAAACAACAACCUGUCCCUAUUUUUCGCCAUUAUUUGCGUUGUAGACGUAUUUGGAGUAUUUCCAAUUGUAACCUUACCGAAACCCAUCAUCGAUUGCGUGUUCGUUGUGUGUUCGGUGCAAAUUUACACUGCAACGUUGCUAGGAAAAUGUUGGACCUUAGCCGAAGAAAUUCGUCCCAGCAUAAAACUGAAAAACCGCUAUCCGUACUCGGCCUUGGCCGAAUUGACUUUCGGCAAAUGCACCUCCUACUACGUCACUUUUUUGGUCGAUCUUACCGUUUUCAGCGGCGGAAUACCUAAUUUAAUUGUCGCUGCACAAAAUUUACAACUUUUAGGCCUCAGAGUCAGCGACCUUAACAUCUCCUUUUGCUAUUGGAUAAUCGUUUUAGGUGCCAUCCUAUGUCCGGUUUUAUGGCUUGGCAGUCCAAAAGAUAUGAAAAUCCUUUGCACAAUAUCUGUCAUAAUAGUGUCAACAGUUUACUUACUAAUUUGCGCCUGCCUACUAUUCGCUCCAACCAAUGAAAUAGUUCCAAAACCAAAUGACACAAGCCUAUGGCGACUGAUAAUUUCAGCUUACGGCAUUGUAGCUUUUCAAUUUGACAUCCAUCCGUCAAUUUUGACAAUUCAAAUGGACAUGUGCGACAAACGUCAGCUACCGCAAGCCAUUCUAGGUGGAUUUUUAGUGUCGCUGUUUAUGUUUGGUAGUAGUACUCUUAUAGCCGCACUGAAAUAUGGCAACACCGCAAAUCCUAGUAUUCUAGAAACGUUGCCUACGUCAGUGGCUUUGCAUUUUGCCGCGACACUGGUUGCCGUUCAGUUGUGUCUAACGUCAGCUGUCAGCAACAACGCCCUCUAUCAACACAUGGAGGAUUUUUUGAAUAUUUCUAGAGAAUUCAACCAUAAGCGGUGCAUUUUGAGGACAAUUUUGACAUUUUUGGCCAUUGUUAUAGCAGAAUCGGUACCUAGAUUUGAUUUGGUAAUGUCCUUGAUUGGUGGUACUUUAAUAGGACCGCUGGUCUUUAUUCUACCGCCGUUGUUUUAUGUUAAAAUUGUUCGUAUGCAUACGAAGCACCUUGUAAAAUUGGAAAAAGAAAGCUUCACCAACGUUGUAAUGAAUAAACCAAGCAAAGAGGAUGAUUAUACGAGGGAAUACAUUGUUGAACAAUGUCAAAUGAGUCAAACGUCAUAUUACAUAUCAAGGAUCUGGAAUAGAAAACUAGAAGUGGCACUUUGCAUCCUAAUAAUUGUUGCUGGUACGCUAAUGACGUGCGUCACGACGUAUUUGAACGUCAACAGUGCCGCAUUGUCUUACCAGAACUUCAGUAGGCCGUGUAUUUAUAACGUUUCCAGGGCUCUUUUGUAUUUGUAG